UUAAAUCUAGAAGCCGUUCUGUGCCGGCUCCAGACACGAAUGGCAACACUAAAUACCGUCAGAAUGCGGAUAAUGCCCGAACCAAGAGGCGCGUUUCGACAGGACCGAUUCCUACUAGAAUGCCGAAAUACAACAAAGGCUACCACGCAGUAUUAGCCAUGAUCAAGGAUCUAAAGGACAUGAAGGAGACAGGUCAGAUGACAGAACCAAGGUUUGAUAUGAAUGAGAAGCCAAAACGACGACGCAAAUAUCGAAGCCGUAGCUACAACAUAGGAAAAAGCAUAUAUUUUGAAGAAGACGGACUUAAUAUCCCAAAUUACCGAUCCAAAUCAGUGGAUAGACACAGACGAGAAAUUCCUACCUUUACACCGGUAACAAACGAAGAUGACAUCAUCAGCUACACUUACACCGGAAGAGAAUCGCGUCCAAUGUCGGAAGAGUCCGUGUACUCCUACCUGCGAGGCUCUACUUCACGCCGCAAGAAAGGCUUAGUGCAGAAAAAGGUAGAGUCGGUGCCCCCGUCAAGCCGCCUGUCUUACGAUUUUGACGACCUCCAGGCGCGCAUCUACCAACAGAUCCAGAAAGCCUACGGUCAAGCCGACAGCGACGUCAAACACAAGCAGUUCUUUCUGUCGCUGGCUAUGAUGCAGCGUGAACACAAUAAACUCAAACAUCUAAACCUGAGCAAGCGGGACAGACUGCUCUUGGAAAAGUCAUUCGACGAGAUGAAGAGUCUCAAAGAGGAGACCGUCCGCGUGCUCAGUGGAAUAGAACAAAAGCAGGUGGCGUCGGCAAAAGCGUCGGCAAGGUCGCGCCGUAGUCCUAUGGAGCAGAAAUUGCGCGGACUGAUGAAUCGAAAGCCAAAAGAAGACCCCAUGCUGACGAAAGAAAAACCGAAAGAGAAACCGCGCCUGAAGCCGAUCCGGCCUGCGGGCGAGAAGCGGGAGUUGGUUGACGACUUUUAUACUCGGCAGCGACUCACGGGCGACUGGAGAUACAACGUACACCACGAACAGAGGCUGCUCAAUAGGACAGAAGCGAGCAAAGUGCCCAUUCGCCGUCAUCCCCGGGAUUGGGACCUGAGCCAGAUCACCAACUCACUAACAUCAACCCACGGGCGACACCGCCCCCGGGAACGCCCAGUCCACAACCGCUCACCCCCGGAGACCGACUGGAGGGCCCCUAAAUACAAGGACGCAAAGGAGUCACUCAUGUACCAACCACGACCAUUGUAUCCUAGCAACAUUCUUCGCCACCCAUCGUUAGAUCGGAACGUUACUUACAGAUAUCGCCUACCUGGGCUGUGAAGCGGGGUCGGUGAUCUGGGCCUGGUAUCACGAGCAUACUUACGUCAUUAUCCGGACUCAACUUUGAGUCUUUUUCUCAUUUUUAAAUGAGUUUGACCACCAUGCUAACUUUCGCUGUUCACGAAAGUAUUUCUGACUUUAGAGUCAUUCAACCCUUAGUAUGAGCAAAAAUGUACAUAUUUUUAUAGCUGAGAUUUAAGAUUGUUUUUGAGCUUACUGGCAAUCUCAAACACAGCUGAAUGGAAAUUCUAAUCUUAUUUUCUGCAUUUAGAUAAAAAUUGAGAAUGUUCAUGAUACUGGGACAUUUGCCCUAAAAAGGGAUAAACGCAUAUGUUAAAAUGACGUGUUCACAUAUUAACGCUUCUUUGUUACUCAAGUUUUAUUUUAAGCAUCAAAGGCAUAACAUUAGAGGCAUUCCGAAUUAUCCAAUGUUAAGUGCUACAAACGUGUGAUAACGUGUUGUUAUUUGAUGACAACUCUCACCCAUACUUAUUAUAUUGUAUCUCCCUUCGCAGUGACGUUUACUCUUUUAUAAAAUAGAAUGCGCGGACAUUAUUCUUUAAUUCUUUGAUAAAAAACACACUGUCAUUUCAAAAAUUCGUCAGUCCGGGGACAGUUCCGUUAAAAGUUAUUUAGGGGGUGUAGCAGUGUACACAGACAGUAAAAUGUAUUAUAUGUAUGUUGCAACACCACGAAACAGCGAGCAUUCAAUUAUUAAAUGCGCGAUACACAGCAAAUAGUUAUUUGCAUUUCGAAAGGAUAUUAGUUGUUAUUAAGGUAAAUGUCAGUUGUUUCACUGAAAACUAUCCCGUUAAUAACAAAUGGGUUUAAUAAUGCAUACAUUUAUGUUCGAAAACGCCUGGUGCGAACGGAAAAUGCAAUACAGGCGGUUAGUAUCAACGGACCUUACACUACAGUCGCUUGGUACACAAUGAAAAUACAAUACAGGCGGUUGGUAUCAACGGACCUUAAACUUCAUUCGCUUGGUACAAACGGAAAAUAAACAAGGCGUUAUGUACCAACGAACAAUGCACUACGUGCGCUUUUAACCAACGGCACUUACACUACAGGCGUCCGAUACCAACGGAAAACACUAUAAACUGUUAGUACUAAUGGAACUUACACUCAAUACGCUUGGUACCAACGGACAAUUCAGUACAUGCGUUUGGUACCAACGGACAAUUCACUAUAUGUGUUGGUACCAACGGACAAUUCACUACAUGCGUUUGGUACCAACGGACAAUUCACUAUAUGCGUUUGGUACCAACGAAAAGUUUGAUACAAACGGACAAAACACUAUAGACAUUAUGUAACAACGGACAAUACGCUAUAGACAUUAUGUAACAACGGACAAUACGCUAUGGGCGCGCUGUACCUCGGGAGCCUACACUACAGGCGGUUAGAACAAACGGAAAAUACACUACAGGCGUUUGGUACGACGGAAUAAAGACCGCAUGCGCCUGGUACACGCGGAAUACACUACAGGCGUUUGGUACGACGGAAAAUAGACCGCAUGCGCCUGGUACACGCGGAAUACACUACAGGCGUUUGGUACGACGCAAAAUAGACCACAUGCACCUGAUACAAACGGAAAAUACACGACAGGCGAGAUAUCGCGUUUAUAUAAACUGCAAGAUGAAACUUGGAAAAUCCUAUAUAUUUUACAGAAUUCGAUCAGUAUUUGUGUGUGUUCUGUUCUGUAAGAGGUUUAUAAGAAACGAUUUCAGCGAAGUUUCAUUUCUGGAAAUAUAUCUUGACUAGCUCUUUUAUAAGCCACGGCUCUGUCUCGUGUAACAGAAAAUGUAUGUAGUUUAACCCAUUUAUGCCUAGCGUCUAGAAAA